AUGGAAAAACUGGAAAAACUUAUAAUUCCAAAUGGCCAAACUCAGACCAAUCCAAAAUCUGAUAGACAAAUGACAAAUUUAAUAUGGAUUUCCCCCAAUUUAUGUAAGAGACAAAAUAAUCAAGAUGAAUUCACCACUGCUUUUAACCAAAUUACUAUAGUAAUGAAAGAAGGUAUCAAUUUAUUUGAGGAUAAUGAUUCAUUUCCAGUUUUUGAUGAUGACAGUGAAGAGAAUAAUGAUUUGUAA